AUGGCAAGCGGGGGUCCCAUCACUCGCAUCCCUCCGUGUGCGUAGGCUUCUCUGCGCCUGCGCAUCCUCCACGUGGCAGCUGCUCCUGAUCCCGUGCCACGUGCCGUUGCUCCACAAGCCCCUUCAUAAGCUGAACGGAUCGGCUACGCACUUAUCACCACCAUCGAUCGUUGUCGCGAGGAGUUCUGUUGAGAGUUAUUGGCGACCAAAGACACGCAGAAGAAAGAAAAGAUGCAGUCGGCUAAGGAAGCGGUGGCCUCGGCCAAGGAGUCGUUGGCGGACCUGGGCGCCACCGCGCGGUAUAACAUGGAGAAGGCGAAAGCUACUGCCCAGGAGCAGAUGGACCGGAUGAUUGCCAACACCCAGAUGGACAAGGACUUGGCCACCGAGAGGAAGCAGGAGAGGAUAGAUGAAGCCAAGCUCGGCACGCUGGAGGCUUACAACCAGAAUGCAGCUGCCCGCGAGCAGACCGCCUUCAUUGGCCAACCUGGACCCAUGACUACUGCUGGCCCGCACGCAUCUGGGACCCAUACCAGCAGCACCAGGGGCUAGGACUCGCGUUUGGGUGGGUUCUGACGACGUCCGUAGCGCUGCAACCUUCUGAUGCCCUUUGGGUUUAGAGGGAUAUAUCUGUUUUUCGUGUUUUCCGAUUUCUUUCUUUGUUUUUCCCUUCUUUACUCGCAGUGGCGAGGUAGUAGCAAGUUUUCUCCUGUGUCAUCGAAUAAGAGAUUAGCGAAUCAGUUAGAUUUUUGCAACA